CACACCAUCCUAACCCUAGUUGCCCUUAUCCCGUCUCCUUCCAUACCAACCAGCCGCCGCCGCCGCCACUCCACCUUCCCUCCUCGUGUCGCUUCAUGUCGCCGCCGGCGGCGGCAGGCCCCUCCAUCUAUCCCGCACCGGAUCCAUCCCCGUCUACCCCACCAAAUGCCCCUUCCCAUUCAGGUCGUUCCCUCGAGCUGCGGCGGCCCAGUCCUGCCUCUAGAGCUGACGCGGCCGCAGUGGCGGCAGGACCGACUAGUGGGUUUGGAACCCCCGAGGUCUCCGGCGGCGGGCACAGAUCCAGCUCCGCGGCGAGCCAACAUGAGUCAGACUCGUGGGGAUGGUGUGCGGCAAGGCGGAGCAGAACACGGGCGCGCCCUUCACGCUCGACGACGGCACCAGCCGCAUCAAUUUCAUCAGAUGGUGCUACAUUGUACUUCUCUGGGGGAAUUGGUGCAAAAUCUAUACCAAAACAAUUUCAACUCUAGGACUAGAGCCUAUUGAUACUUUAAGGAUAUCGACAUCAUGCCGGUGCAAGAAAGGAGGUGCGUGUUGGUACUCUUUAAUCAUGUCUACUUCUAAAUGUUAUAGCUCGCUGCUAAAGUUGUAAGCCAGGUAAAAAUUAGCUUUACACAGCUACUUUUCAUACGUUUGAAGAUUAUUAUUACUCAAAGUACUGCUAGAUUGUAGUUAGUAUGUAGAUGUUGUUCAAUUUUUUUUUCUCAAUUGAUCACAUUGUACUACAUAUUUCUGGCAGCUAUAUUUAUAUCAAUUUUGUUUCUGAUUUUGUGAACUGAUGUGCAUCCCGUCACACCCAUGAACAAUAUUUGUUCUGAAUUGUUAUCAUAGUCUAUCAGAUUUGACACCCCCAAUAUCUCCAGUUCACCGGCGAACAUGUUACUAUAUAGUUAUUUUAAACUAUGAUGAAAGGAGUGCUGCUGGGAUGUGUGGAGUGGAGGACAAAUGUUUAGAUAUAUACCUGAAUUGAUAAGAUGUCCAAAGAACAUCUAAUAAUUACAUGCAUGUAAGACCAUUACAGAUUUGUAUUGGAUAUAUCAGAUAUAAAACCGUACUUGGUUUUUUUGCUAUCAACUCUAACCGUGGGCUUUUGAGCAAGCCAAGUGUGUUUUAUAUGCUAAUUUCAAAUAAUGCACAUGGUGUCAUAUGCUUAAAUGCCUUAAAGGGAAUAGUAAAUGAAACAUUUUUUUAACUUGUAUAUAGUCUGCUUUUUUAGCAUGCGUUGCCCACAUUUUCAUGAUACCUGCAUAUAGUAGUGGUGUCCAUCGGAUGAUUGCUUGGAAAAUAAACUAAUAUUAUUACUCUUUAGAUUCAUAUGGGAGUUUGCUGUUAUAACUUAUUAUAAUUUUGUAUGUCUUUUGGAUUCCAUGCAGGUUUGGCGGUUAGUCCGUGUUACUUUAGAUUGAAGUUUUUUAGCAGGAAUUACUUGGGUCUAUAUAACUCCCUGAAAGGGUGCUGGUGUUGGAGACUGAAGUCAACAAGGACAUUUUUUCAUGGAAGUCAUAUUACUAAAAAAAUGCUCAAAGCUCUUUCCAGAUAUGCUUGUGCUGAUUUGAUAUUAAGCUUUGUUUUUUGAAAUCAGACUAGAUUGUUGGUACUUUGUAUUAUGAUGUUAACAAAUGUUAUUUUUUGAAUGAAUAUAAUUUGGUUGUCUC